CCGCCAGUCCAGUUUGGAACGUGAGUCGCGACGGUUCGGAUUUUCGGAAGCAAAAGAAGAAACACGUGCCGUGGUGGUGUUUGUCUCUCUUUCUCUCUUUCUCACGUGCGUGCGUGCGUGAGUGCGAGUGUGUGUGAAUAUUGUCUGUUCUGUUCUUCUGUUGAAUUGGGAGAGCAGAUUUGUGUUUUUGCCUAAGCGGUUUUUGGGUGUAUGUCUAAGUAAGUGUGUGUAUUUUGGUGAAUGGUGUAAAACCCUGUUUGUUGGUGUUUUGCGUUUAAGUAGGAAGACUUGCCCUGGACUCCGGACACUGGACCCCGGAGGUCAAAGGGGACCAUUUAAGCGAUUUUGUGUUCCGCAGUCCGGAGAGUGGUGGAUCUCCUGAAGAAUCUCGGAGGAAGUGUGAUACGGGUUUUCCUUGAGAGAAGACGACAAUUUGUGUUUGUGUGUACACUCGAGAGCAGAGCAGGAGAGGAAAAUCCAUUUUUGUGUGUAUGUGACUCCAACUGGUCGACAGCGUGACGAACGAACGAACGAACGGUGAGGCUCCUCAUCAUCCAUCAAAGUGAAAAUCGAUCAGCUGACACACGCGCGAAAAUUGUGAAAUCAUCAGGCACGGCCACGUGGGAAAAGCUGGAACAUUCAUAAACUAAUUAUAAAAUCAUUAUCAUCAAUAUUGUACGCAAACAGCCUUUUUGGCGCGCUCUGCCCUAGUUAAGUCCACGUGGAAGGUAGUUUGAGGAAGAAACGCAGCGGCAAAUUUUACGCAACUCAUCACAUAAUCACCACACUUUAGUGGAAGAAAAACGGCAAGUUUUCCCUCUCUUUUGCGAAUACUGCGGUGUGAAUAAUUAUCGGGAAUAAUCGCAUAAAACGUUAUUAAAAGUGCUAGCUUCUGUUCGCGGUGAAAACAUCCGGAGAAACUGAACCGAAUUUGAAGGUGAAAAGUGACCCAGAAUCCAUCUCUUCGCUCAUCCCACCAUACUGGUCAUGUCCAGGGUAUAGAGAUCAAACGAAGCAACUGGUCCGGAAGUGAGCCCUACAGUGCCAGCAGUAAGUGAGUGGGUGUCAAAGUCAACACCAGAAGAAGAUUGAGAGGGGGAAAAAGUGUCAUCUGACUCAAUCUGGAAGAAGAAACGGAAUAAAUAAUCUCGCGGAAAAAUAAAUACAAAUAAUUAUCAUUAUCGCCAUCGAAGUGUGAAAAAUCGUUCAAAAAGAAGCAAAACGAGGAAAAGCAAACAAGCAGCGCCAGAAAUUGAACGUGUCAACAGUGACCAGCAGUGGUGUGGGGACUCGACAGUCAUAUCUGGAGUCGCUUGCGUGACAUCAGACCUGCUGGCGUAGGAAGUGUGCGAGUGUGUGUGUUUGCGUUUGGCGCAAAAGCGAUUUUGCUGGCGCUUACGAUUAUCUCCCGGUGGAGGACCACUCCCACCAACCAGUCUUGACCAUGCUUUGAGCCAGCUUUUCCUCAAACAAGUGAAACUUUAGAUAUUGCAGUCUUGGGAGCAAACUGCCAGGGAAAAUAAUAAAAAAAAACGUCGAAGAGAUAAUAGUGAGUGUGUGUAGGUGGAACUGCUGCUGCUAAAGUUGCUGCGGAUUUUCGAUUAGCUACGGCCCCGGAUUUUGGCGGAUCACCUUUCUCGGACGCUUGUGGUUGACGCCAACGACGACGACGACACCGCGGUUUUGCUUCCUGCUUUCUUCUGCGCGCGAGCAAGGUUGGUGCGCGGCUGCCGAUUUUAGAAGACUGCAAGUUUCUUCCGCGAGGAGUUUGGUGGGGAAGGCAGGCAGGCAGGCUCCGGAACUGGCGGCGGAAAACGACAAAAACAACAACAUCACGGCAAUCACGGGACGACGAUAAACCGUCCCGAAGCCCACCCCCGAAUCAGCGAUGGCAAAAGCUGAUUCGCUCCAGAAUGGAAUCAAAACAGACACCACAGAUGAUGUUGAAAAAUCGCUGGAACUGCUGGACAAGGUCCUGUCAGAGUUUGAAGAGGAGCACGAGGUAAUACACGCCCACCCGGUGGAACCGGACAGCCCCUCCCAGGGCAACCAGUCCGAGGACGAUGGUUACAUGAGCAUGAACGGCCGGAGGGCCAAAUUCGUACCUGAUUUUCAACCGACUGACGAGGCCAAUGCAGCCCCACUGCCACUUCCGGUGCCGCCAGACGGCAAGUAUUCACCCCCGUCGCCCGAGGAAGCAGAACGAAUUAUUUCCAAUUUAUUACCGAGAAUCUCCCCCACUACUUCGCCCACGCACAGGACGAACAGUACCAACAGUACCGGUGGCAGCAGCAGCAGUAGCAACAACAUUCGCAGCCCAGUGCACAGUAGCAGCACUACGACUAGCCCUAAAAGGAUUAACAUCCAGCAGCAUCAUAAUCACAGUAGCAGUAGUGAAUGGCGAACGCGAAAUCUCGUUCGAAACAACGAUUCGAGCACCAGCUCGAGUGAAAAGCCUUCCUCGAACGAUAAUACCGUGAUCGCCAAAAGUCCCACACAAACAACACUGCCAAAGACGCGACCCUCCAACGUUUUACCCACGCGAUACGCAAGUCUUCCAUGUUCCAGCCCGCCCAAACCAACCGGACCAAGCGAACCGCCGCCGAGCGGAGGCAGUCUAGACGACGACCGGAACCAACUCGGGGGCAUCGGGAUCAGCGCCGUACACGACGCCGUCCUGCGGGGGAUGACGCGGAUGCCAGAGCCCAUAGUUAACGAGCACCCGGUGACCAUCUACCCCGGCAGGGCGUCCCCACCCAGACGCCUUCCCUCCCGAAACCUGCCCGGAUCAAUCGAACGACACGGGUCUGCUGCCGCCACCGCAGUCUGUCGACCUGGCAACUAUCCGUCGGACAACUCACAGUCCUCACAGGAGACCUCGUCCCCGGAAAACAACGAGUCCGAGAACAACUCGUCCCUGUCGCCCACCCAUGGAGUGCCACUGAACAUCAACUACAACCACGGUCUGGUUACGAAUCGAAUAUUUGCCACCAGCAGUGCCGUCGAAUUCACGCGACCAACGCGGCCACGCAAUGGCAAGCAGCCGAGGCAUGAGGAUAGUGACGAGGAACGGUUCUCCGAGGACUCGUUGGAGGAAUCAUCACUGCCGCCACCCCCGGGACCGGUCACGGUGCCACCCCCACCGUCGCUUUCAGCUCCGGUCACACCUAGCAAACGCCACAGCAUAGCCUGGGAGGUGAACCUGGACGAUCCGGCCAGCUUUGGGGAUCCGUUGACCACAGCCAAACCCGCAACCUCCGGCUCCGGAUGCAGCAAGGUUAUUGGCAGGCGAAAAACGGGCAGCGGCAGCGGCAAGAAUGUUACCAGUUCGCAGUCGAGUCUGGAAUCGACGCCCAGCAACAGGAAAAGUGAAUCCAACGAGUGGCCUGAUCCGCCCGACAUUCCGAUCUGUAGCACCGAGGACGAGGCCGCGUCCCUGUACUCUGACUCAGAUGAGCUCAUUCCGAACGUACCGGACAUCAGCGGUCGGGGAACGUACGUCAUCCGGAAGGGACGUCGGCGGCAACGGUUGGAGAGUUUGGACGCCAGCAAUAAUCUGCCCAUUCCGGGCGGUGAUCAGCUCCAGCCGGCAACUGUGCCCUGUCCCGCCGUCGUUUCAGCCCUGCCCAGUCCCGUGUUUCCCGUGUCCAUGCUGACGCCCAAAUCACGCCACAGCAUCGAUCUGGGCAUCUCGUCUGUAUCGUCCCUCGGAGCGACCAGGUUUACACACUCCGUCGUUCCUCAGAAAAUACCAAGCUCAGUUCUCUCGCCCAGGUCACGACUAUCAUUAGAUUUAAGUUCACCUACCUCAGAGCUUCCAGCAAACGUGAAGAAAAUCACCAGCCCUACCGGAAGCUUCCCCGUGCACCACUCCUCGCAGAUGACCUCCCAAACACCCCCGGCCAACAACAGCAACAACAGUUUAAACAAGAGCAAAUCCAACCACGGCAGCAACAACAACCUGGCAGGAGGUGUUACUACUGCGUCCGGCGCUGUUGGCCAACAGUCCCAGCAGCAGCAGCAACAACCAAUAGUCUCCUCUCGCUACACCGAGUUUAAAACGUACAGUUCGACCUUUGAUGCACUGCAAGCGUUGGAGGGCAGCGGCAAUAAUGGCAACAACGGUGGUGGCGCUGGCAACAGCAGCAACAAUAAUAGCAUCAACCGCGGCGGAGGUGCCAUCGGAAACGGAACUUCCGUUGUAUCCUGUUCCGACAGCACCGACGGCAGCUCCCUAAUGCGGGUGUCCUCCCUGCCAGGCGUCACGCCCCAGCACCCAACCUCCUCCGCAGCAGGUACGGAAACAGCAGCCGACGGCCUUUCGACGCCACGCCGCGAGCUUGCACCGCCCAUCGAGGAAGACGAGGAGGCGGACAGUGACAACCAGCGGGGAGCCCCGCUGCGCAAAAUAGAGGAUAAUAUUAGUGCUUUAUUACGUGGUGAUAUAUCUGUUGCUCGAGUAGCCGACAUACCUCCCUCGAGACGUCCAUUAGGUUUUCGCCUAGGUGUUCAUAAAUCAGAAAGUGCCAAAGAAAUGCUAUUAUCACAAGCUGGUUUGGGGCCUUUGCCACCGUCGCCACCGUUGUCUAGUCCCGAGCCGGAUAGCGACGAAUUUCCUCCGUUGCCUCCCUCGCCUACCGAGGAACCUGAAGUUAUUCACCAAAUGCACGGCAUUCGUAUUAGCUCACGCACCCGAUCUAGCAGUAGCAAGCACGAUGGCCACUUCCGGGAAGAACACCCGCCGGCCGUUCCACCCCAUCGUGGCCCAUCGAUAAACACGCUGAAAACAAGAUCGAUGGACGCUGGCUUUAGCAAAUCUUACCGCAAUGGCUCGCACGCUUCCACUUCACCGCACGCCCCCGGAACGCUUCCUCCCGACUUGCCCGGUUGCAACUCCCGACGAAGGGUCAUCACCGGCGGCUACCAGAAGCGAACCGCACAAAGUCCCCGCGAGGAGAGAUCAUCGUCCCUGCAGACGUCGUGCAGUUUGCCCGAGACACCCAUCUUUGCCAGAGGUAGCUGUGAUAUUCCACGAACGCCACACCGGCGUGCUCCAGAGGUUCCCCCGCACGGCAGUGGAAGCCGAACAGCUCCAAGAACCAAUACGAACACGACAGGCAGCCUGGGCUCGUCGGUCGUCGGAAUUGGUACCUCGACCAUCGGUGGGCGGCAGCGCAGCAUCAGUCAAGCUUUUGCCAAUGGUGAAAUGUUACGCUUAGCAGGUGGCCCGGCCCGCGGUUGGUAUCCGAAGCAGCGGCAGGCUCGGCCCGUUUCCACCGAGCAUCUGGACCGACUGCACGCUGGACCGCAGGGAUCACUGCGCGCCUGGGAAGCAGCGGGUACGGGUAGCAGAAAACCGCUUACCCUACCACCUAAUCUCACACCUAAAUUUUUCAACAAGUCACCGCGAGAGGCUCUGCGCCGUGUUACUAGUUUGUUAAUUCGAAAAGGAACUUCCGGCACCAAAGAGAAAGAUUCGCGCCGGGACAAGGAGCGAGGAGGGGACAAGGAAGGCCACUCGUCGUCGUCCAUCUACCUGCAGCGUUCGCCGGGAUCGGACGUAACCGACUCCCGGGGCUAUCAAAACUUCCACCACCCCCACCAUCAGCAGCCUCCCCACCUUCCUCAUCAUCAUCACACGGCGCAGCACCACCAACGGCCGGAACAUCCGUCUUCGCAGCACCCCCACCAGCACACGAUGCCGACGAGCGCGACGACGGCGACGACGCAACAGAAAAAGAAGGGUUUCUUCAAGAGUUUUUGGAAAAAGUCUCGGCACUAUUCGCUGGAGAAGCAGUAAGUUGGGAAUCGAUUAUUUGUUAGGAUAGUAAUACGAAGUGAAAACAAAAAAAUAUUUAUACACUGUAUUUGCGGGUGGAAGUACUUUAACCAAACCAACCAACUCUAACAAAACAACAACAACAACAACAGCAAUCUCUAUCUAUUGGCCUAAAACGGAGAAGCAAGACGGUAGGUAUAUGAUGAAAAGAAACAAACAAACAAAAAUGUCGAAAAAUUACAUUAUCACAAUUAUGCAACCAAAGGAGUUAGAGAGCAGUUUUUUGUGCAGAUAGGAAGCAAACCCCCCACACAAAACUUGUAUUGUUGACACACACACACGACCCGCCCCGGAAAGAAUCCCAUAAUCUUUCACGUUAUAACUCGUUAACAGCCUCACCACAACCAAAGUUCGCAAUUCUCUAAGACUUCGCAAAAAAAAAAGUAUUUUUUCGUAUUUUUGCACUGUAUGAAUGACAUUUUGUACAUACAAUCAUCAUGACCAAAGAAUAAUUAAGAGCGAGUCCACGAGCAAAGCAUACCCAUCUCGCAUCGACCUCACCAAUCUGCCUGAAAUUUACAGGGGUUGUUUGUACAUAUAAAACUAGCAUCUGGCCAAAAUAUGAGCACUCUAGGUCAACGGGAAGUGGGGCAAAUCGGGACAAGGUUCAAAAGGUUCAAAAACGUCAAAAAUCGUAAAAAGGCUGUAACUUGGGCAAAAUUCAAUUUAAUUUAAACAUUCAAAAUUCAUCUGAAAGGGCUUAAAAAAUGCAAAAAAAGGCAGGGUAGAGCAUCCCAAUUGGUUGAAUGUAAAGGGCAUUUUAGUGAAAAAAUAGCACAGUUUUCAAACUCAAAUAAAAAAGUGUUCCAUUCAGAUAUCAACUCGGUUCGACCUGCAUCUUGUAGGGGACAUCUGGGACUACCAUCUGAGACUGAGAACGCUUUGGGUAAGGCAAUUUAACACAUCAAAUAGAUACUUUUACUUUUAAUGAUUUUUUUGGCUGUAAAAUUUGGCUCGGGGGACCCCUUAGAUCCCAUUUUCUGAUGAUAAUUUUAUCAUAUUCGUGUUUCUGAGACAAUUUCACAAUAGAAACAUGCAUAAAAAUGUUUAUUUUCAUCCAUUUUAACCCUUUGAAAAAUGAAAGUUAAAAAAAUUGUGAUGCUGCUUUUUUUCUGGUGUCAUCUAGUAUCCUUGGAAACGAACUUGAAUUUCAAUAAAUGUGAAUCAUUUGACUUUACAGCACUCAAAUGAGUAAGUUUUUCAAAAACUUGCCAUGGAAUUUAGUACUUUGUUUGUGAUUCUCAAUUUCAUGAACGCUUGUUCACGAAUUAAGACACUGAUUUUCUCCGUGUACACGAGCUAUGAAUGAUUUUUUUUAAACUAAAUUUUCAUUUUUUUUUUAAUUUUUGAAGAAAAAAUUAUCACAAUUUCUUUUAAAAACAAAUACUUCGCUCGGGUUAGUUUUCAAAAGGACGCAAAAGGCACCUUAACCUGUAACAAAAAAUAAAAUUAAAAAUUUUAUUUUGAGAAAUGAUACCACCUUUAUAAGGACAAGGGAACAAAAUCACAUAUUUUUCAAAAACUUUAUUUUUAGAUGGCAACAUCUUUAUUUUUAGAUGGCUUCUGCAUUCUUUUCAAGAUUUGUGCUAGCGCUAAUGUUUGCAAAAUAUCAGAAUUAAAAAAAAAAAUCUGGAGUGUCGAGUUCAAAAAACUUUUUUUGAUUUAAAAGAAAUGAAAACAAACGUAACCGUCAGUAGGGGUGACUAUGGGUAAAAAACGAUACACCUCUCGAUCGUAUUUUCUUAAUAACAAAAACAAUUCAAAUAACAUCGAAAAUCUUUCAACGUAGCCCAGUCACGACGUUCUAGCAGGAUUCUAGCAGAGUUCUCACAGAGCAUUCUAGCAGAAAUGUUCCACCGUUCUAGCAGGAUUCUGGCAGAACCAGCUCUGCUAGAAUAUGUCGUGACUGGGAGAUUUGUUCUUAGAUUGAGGUUUUGCAGCGCAACUGUGUUUCAAAGAAGGUGGCGCCAAAAUGAGGUUACUUGCCAAAAAUCGUAUUCCUUUCUGCUGGAUUAAAGAACAAAACCGCUUAUUUCUCAUGAUUCCCAGCAUCAAUCUUAACGAAACUUGUUGCAAGUUUUUUUUUUUCAAAAAAUCAUAGGUUUACGCUAUUUGUUCAUAGGUGGCGACAUGUGUCUUUUAGCUUUGCUGCAAAUUCUCUAUUUCUCAUGAUUCCCAGCAUCAAUGUUAAUGAAACUUGUAGCAAAAGACGAGAAAAAUUUUUUGCUUUAAAAUAAUGUACAGUAGUUGUUCGGUAACUGGGCGUUGUUUAACUGGGCUGCUUUUUAACUGGGCGCUCGAUAACUGGGCCGCAGCCCAGUUAAAAAGCAGACAAACGUCAAAAAACCAAAACAAACCGAAUUCACCGAGGGGUUAAUGGAUGCAAAAAUCAUGGCCAACAAAUAAAAAAACUUUUUUCAAACUUUUAUGUAAUUUCAAGACACAAUUAAAGAAAUAUGAAAAGUUAUCAUUGUAAACAAAUUUGAGUAACUUUUAUUUUUAUAUUUCAUCAAAUAAAUAUUAUGCAUCGGUAGUCCCCUCGUUAUUUUUCGUUCAGCCCAGUUAGCGAACAGCAUUCGAUGACUGGGCUACGUUCUCAGCCCAGUUACCGAACAACUACUGUACAUCAAUUUUUGGGCGCGCAAAAAUUUGUGACCUUUUUCUUAAAAAAAAAACAUGUUUUGGAACACGAAAAAAAUAGUUUCUCCGUAUAUAUCAAUGAAAUAAACAGUUAUACAGUUGAUAACAGAUGUGUUAACGUAUAUUCAAUAAUUUUUAUUGAUUGUUGACAGACUUUCUUACCAAUUUAUCCAAAUUACUAUCUUUUUCUAAAUUUACAGUUUUCUCAUAGAAAAAUCAAACAAAUAUUGGAAAGUUGUACACCAAAUUGUUGGAAAUAAAUUUUCUCAUCCGAAUCCGGCAUAAGUUUUAUAAAAAUGUUGAUUAUGAAGUUAAAAACAAGUUUUUUUCAAAAAAUUAUAGGUUUACGCUAUUUUGUUGGCGACAUGUGUCUUUUAGAUUUGCAGCAAAUUCUCUAUAGUUUACUAGCAUUUUCCCAAAAUAUGGUGGAUUUUGAUGAACACUACCUGAAAUGCCAAUUGUUUGAAAAUUGACCCAAUCUCACCCCUUAGAGGGGGUGACAUUGGGUCAAAUGAAACUAAUAUGAUGCUCAAAUACAACGAUAUGAUAAAAACAAGUCAUCAAACAGUGUUUCUUGUUCGAGGGAAUCGUAUUGACACGCUAUAAUAAUUGAAGUGGAGAUUUUCAAACAUUUGGGUAGUUUUCGAGCAAUUCUAACAAAAAUAUUAGAAAAAUGAUUCUAGAGGUAAUUUUUGGUCAAAAACGUACCCCAACUUAUGACAGCUGCCAAAAUUACAGGAUUUGUUCUAGGAACGAGAUUUUUUUUAGCGAAGUCAUCUUAAGAUGUUCCCUACAUAACCCUUUCAACAGAAUUCAUUUUCAUUAAAAAGAACCUGAGAAAUGGUAAAAUCCGUAAAAAUUCACUUUGACCCGAAAAAUCAGGGGGCACAAAAAAAAUAUUUUUACAAUAAAUUUCAAAAUUUCAAUGAAAAUUCAAGUGCAACCCGCUGAAAUCAAAAUACAUUCUCCUGCGUUUAAAAUCAUUUUUAGCAUGUUUGAAUUUAUUAAAAAAAUCUUAAGAUUUUUUGAAAAUUUUCGAUGCAAAAUCUUUUUUUUUCGAUACAAUUUUUGUUUUUGACAGAUCUUAGAUUUUUUGAAAACUAAUGAUUGCAAAACAACUGAACUAGUGUAAAAUGCAUUUUAAAACACUUUUUUCAUUUAAAUGUGAAGACUAUGGCUUGUUAUUUAAAUUUAUUUAUUUUUUUUGCCCCCCCCCCCCUUGACCUCGGCCAGGGCCGAGGGACAAAAACUUUUUUAAAUAUUUGCAUCGGCCUUAUAUAAAAAAUAUCAAGAAAAUUAAUAUGAUAUAUUUAAAAAAAAAUCGUAUGUUGAAACGAAAUAAUAAUACGAUACUGUAAACAUUUUUUAAUGAUUAACUAAAAGUAAUUUGGAAAACAAUUUUUUUUUAAGGAAUGAAUAAUUUCGAUUUCAGUGCCAAAUAAAAUGCAACAAUUUUACUUACCAUUUUUUAAUGUGUUUUUAUAUCAAUUUGAUAACAAUAACCCUGAAAUUGAAAUGACGCAGUGUAUAAAAACUUUCAAAUGUGUUUUUAAAUAACAAAUCAGGCUUCGCACCAAAAUAUGAAAUCUUAAAAAUACAUUUUUUUGAGGCACGCAUUUAGCUUCGAAUGGACAAGCAAUCGAAGGCAUAAGUUUGGAUUGGUUUCUUGGGUCGUAAUCAUAAUAAUCAUGCAUGGACAAAGUUUCAUUCAAAUAGAAUACUAAAAUCGAAAAAAUAGAACCGUUUACAACUGGAUCGAAAUCGAACGACUUUGAACCUGCUUAUCAGAAGAGAAAAAAAAGUCAGCAGUCAAAGCGUACUGCCUCUACCAAAGUAACUUUUAUUUCCGUUCCUUCGAUAUUCCCCACACAAACACACAAACCCUGGCGCAAGCAAAAAGUAUAGACGAGUAUUGUGUAAGAGAAAAAAGAAAGAAAAAAAAUCACAGCAAAUCACAACCAAAAUUCCGCUUGAUAGCGACCAUUUAGACGAGGGCAAUGUCUGUAAUUUCUGUUUGAGUAGUCAGUCAGUCAGUCAGUCAGUCAUGAUAUUCUUCUUCUCAUUCACUUGUAACGCAAAAAAAAGAAAAGAAAACGAAUAUGGAAAACAAGAAGGGAAAAGUUCGCUCUGUGGCAUUCCGGCACUAUCAUAGCAUUUUAAUCGUACGUACUAAACACAACACACCAAAACACACACACACCCACAUUAAGCGUUAUUUGAUAAAGGAAAGUAAACAAGUAAAAGGAUACGUGCGUCUGGCAGCGCAAACGUUGAGCAGUAAUGAGUUAAACAUAACAAAAAAGGAAGGAAACAGAACAGUUACAGUAAACAAACAAAACACAUUCAAUUCGAUUAGAUGGUUCAUUCAUUGAUUUAGAAGUGAAUAUGCAAAGUCAAGAGUCAAGUAGAGGAGGCAACUUGUGUAGAAUAGAGCAAUUGCAGAAGCGCAAAAAAUAGACUUGAUUAAAAGAAGAAGCAAAAACGCGCAUUGUUAGUCUGGAGUGACGUUGUAUUGUAGAUUGAGUACCGUGUAUAGAAGUGAGUUUAUGUGUACAGUUAUACUUCCUGCGUUAGUUUUUUUUGGUUAUCGGAAAAUGUAACCCAUUUUUCCCAUGUGACUUUUAUUUAUGAAACAUCACGUAUUUUGGUUACCUGUUAAGUUUGGAUCAAUUUCGGUUACUCUUUCUUUUCUCAGCAGCAAAACUGAACUAAUUUUCUGUACUGGUGGUUAGCCACCCAUAACAAAAGCAUUGGAAACCCGCUUUGAAAUUCGUUUGAAUAGAAUGUUUCCAUCGGAAGCCUUCGUUUCAAUUUUAAUGCAUGCUGGGCUCCUCAAUUUUAACAACUAUCAACACUAAUCUCAGUUUAAUCAAAGUCUUGAAAGAUAACGACAAACAAAAUGUAUUUCCACAUUUUCUUAUAUUUAUGAAACACACAUUAGCCCAAAUAAAGGUCAUUUUAAUCAAAA